UUCCUUUGAACGUUCAAAAUCGGCUUCGCCGCCUCCGAAUUCUACAUUAUAUACACGCUACAGCGACGCGUGCUUCUCGCCACUUUCGUUCGAAUUUCGAUCCCUCCCCCCUCCACCACGCCUCCCUCCCUCGUCUUUCCGCGUGGCCCUCACCUAUAUGACUCCGCCCUCCUCGCGUCUGACGAUCCCCACGUCGCGUGGUUGAAGGGCCGUUCUUGGUUUCCCCGGUCGCAUACGCGUUGACCUUCGAUCUCCCCUGAGCCCGUCUCUCCGGGACGAAUUCCGAUCGAUCUUUUUGAGGUGCCGUCCAGGUCCGAGGGAAAAUGACAGAGCCGAAGCUGGAUACACCCUUGAUCCCAUCAUCUUCGUCACGGAACCUCCCCGAUUUCAAGAAAUCCGUCAAACUAAAGUAUGUGAAGCUCGGUUACCAUAUCCUGAUCACUCAUGGAAUGUACCUCUUCCUCUCCCCUUUUGUUGUGCUGAUAGCUGCUCAGCUGUCCACCUUUUCAAUAAAGGAUCUCCAUGACCUCUGGAUUCAUCUGCAAUACAACCUCAUAUCCGUCAUCGUGUGUUCGACUCUCCUCGUUUUCUUGUCCACCCUCUAUUUCCUCACUCGUCCCCGUCCUGUCUAUCUUGUCGAUUUCUCCUGCUACAAGGCUGAUGAGUCUCGGAAAUGCACCAAAAAGAUCUUCAUGGACCAGUCUCGACUGGCUGGUACGUUCACAGAGGAGAGUCUUGAAUUCCAGAGGAAGAUCCUCGAAAGAUCUGGGCUUGGGGAUUCGACUUAUCUUCCUGAAGCUGUCCUCAAUAUUCCUCCAAAUCCAUCAAUGCAGGAAGCUAGAAAAGAAGCUGAGAUGGUCAUGUUCGGUGCACUUGAUGAGCUCUUCGCAAAGACGAAUGUGAAGCCGAAGGACAUUGGCAUCCUGAUUGUUAACUGUAGCUUAUUUAACCCGACCCCUUCGCUGUCAGCGAUGGUCAUCAACCAUUACAAACUUCGGGGGAAUAUAGUUAGCUACAAUUUAGGUGGCAUGGGCUGCAGUGCAGGUUUGAUUUCAAUCGACCUCGCAAAACAUCUCCUUCAGGUGCACCCCAAUUCAUACGCGGUGGUCAUCAGCAUGGAGAACAUCACGUUGAACUGGUACUUUGGGAAUGACCGCUCGAAGCUGGUUUCAAAUUGCUUAUUCCGAAUGGGAGGAGCCGCCAUUCUUCUUUCAAACAAAAGCUCCGACCGGAGAAGGUCCAAAUACCGGUUGCUACAUACAGUCCGGACCCACAAAGGAUCUGAUGAUAAGUGCUUCACUUGUGUUACCCAAGAAGAAGACUCUAAUGGAAAAAUUGGUGUCACAUUGUCGAAGGAUCUAAUGGGAGUUGCUGGCGAAGCUCUGAAGACCAACAUCACCACACUGGGCCCUCUCGUCCUGCCAAUGUCCGAGCAGUUGCUGUUCUUCGCCACAUUAGUCGGGAAGAAACUUCUGAAGAUGAAGGUGAAGCCUUAUAUACCGGAUUUCAAAUUGGCUUUCGAGCAUUUUUGCAUUCACGCUGGAGGAAGAGCCGUGCUAGAUGCGAUAGAGAAAAACUUGCAUCUCUCGGAUUGGCACAUGGAACCUUCAAGAAUGACGCUUUACCGUUUCGGCAACACGUCGAGCAGUUCUCUUUGGUACGAGUUGGCAUAUUCUGAAUCAAAGGGUAGAAUCAAGAGGGGAGAUAGGACGUGGCAGAUUGCUUUUGGGUCAGGGUUUAAGUGUAACAGUGCAGUAUGGAAGGCUCUAAGGACGAUAAACCCGCAGAAGGAGAAGAACCCGUGGAUGGAUGAAAUCCAAAACUUUCCAGUGGAUGUUCCUAAGGUGGCCACCAUCUGAUUUCAGGUCCUCGGUUUCAAUCAUCCUUAUGCAGUUUCUUGCCAAAUAUGCUGAGCGAACUUCCUUUUAUUUUAGAUUUCUUAAUCGGGCCGUUACCAUUCUUUAUGUAAAUUUUCCGUGGAGUUGUAGCUAUCUCUUACCCUUACUAGUGCUGGACUUUUAAUUUAUUGGAGGAGCAGGGGACUUUCUUGUAGUUACACAUGGGUGAGGAGAACUCAGCUGUUGGUAUGAUGGUCAUGGAUGUGUUAUUGUGACAUAUACCAUCUAAUGACAUGAAUUUAUUUUCGUUUGCAUAAAAUUCAUCAGUGGCUCAAUUUCCGGUA